AUGAAUACAUAUUUUCUUGCUAGCAAGUCCUAUUUGAUGAAAAAGUUUUCAAUUCUUUCAGAACAAUAACUUUACUUCUAUUUAGGUAAAAGAUUCACUUUUCCUAUUUGCAAUAAAACUGAGAUGAUUCAUUACAUUUAUUUCUUAUCUUUAAGCAAUGAAAGAAGAUUUCUUGGAGAUUCUGCUAAGUUUAGAGUAAUCGAAUUACUUAAUCAAAAUAACAAUUUUAUAAAUUCCAUGAAUCUGGAAUAAUAGCUCCCCUUAUUAGCGGGAUUAAGCAAUUUAUACAUUUAUGAUGAAAAACUUAUAAAAUCAAUCUGUCAGGUGAUUCAAUAAAAUCUGCCAUCUAUAAAUAUAAGAGACAGAUUAUUUAUUGUACAUAAUCUCUAAAAAUUGAGAAUGGAAAAUCAUCCAUUAUUCGCAAUCAUUUCAGAUCAACUAAACAAUCAAUUUGAAUUUAUGGAUCAUUUUGAUUAAAUCGUUUAUCUACUAAUACAAACUAGGCUAUAUCAUGAGAACUUGGUGUCGUCCUAAAUAAUUGAAAAUCUUUUAAAGCAAUUUAUGGAUCAAAAAAAGGAAACUAUCCAAAAUUACUCUAACUAAUUCAAUUCUCGUUAUUGUUAAUUGAUGUUCAAUUUAUUCCCAGAAGUAAUUGGUUAAAACUAUUAAGAUGCCAAACCUUCGGAAUAAAAUUAAUUUUAUCCGCAUUUCCAAAAAUUAGAAAGGAUUUAUAGAAUUGCUAGAAGAGUUAUUGAUAAAAGAACUGGAUUUCAAAAAGUAGAUUAUUAUGAGUACUAAAAUGUUAAUUUCUUGAAAAUCCCAAUAGAAGAAAAUAGAGAGAAAUUAACAAGUUUGGAGCUUAAAGUUCUUAAUGUCCUCAAAACAUUAAAUAUAAAAUUUAAUUCUCAAGAAAGAAUUCUUAUUUAUAAUGUUGAUUUUCUUUUACCAAAUAAUAUCAUAAUAAAUUGCAAUGGUCCGUUGCAUUUUAUCAUGAAUCUUUAAUAAUAACUUAUCGGAUAUAGCCCAAACCAUCAAACGGUUUUAAGGUACUAAUGAAGCACAUUAAUAGGCAUCUUAAAUCAGGAAAUUACCACAUAGUUGAUAUUGAAUAUGAAGAAUGGAAUAAAUUAACAAAUCUUUCAAGUAAAUAAAGUUAUUUAAAGAGUUUAAUCAAUGUUAUAUGA